AUGUCUUUUCCUCUGCUUUCAACUCAACACAACACUUUUCGUGACCUCAUCAGGUAAAUAGUCCUGCUCGAGAUUCGUUACCUUCUCUUUCAAACUUUCAGCGAAUAUCAAUUCGAAUCGGACUAUUCUGUACUCGAACCUGAAUCGUUUGUUCUUUCCUAUCCUUCUUUUGCGCUUUUCAGCAUUUUGCUUCCAUAUAAUUUUAUUUUCUUCUCUCCUCUUUGUGGACACUGUUCACGUGAUCGCCUUUUCAUACAUUUGUUAUUUUUUCUCCUCUUUUUCCAAUACAAGCUCUCCUCAUUUUCCUCGAAACACGCACAUACGCUCUUUUCUCAUUUAAAGUUGUAAAUUGUGUCUACUCGAUGGUAAAUUUUCAAAAGAUAAAAGGAUUCUUGCGGUAUAACCGAGGUAGUAUUCAGAAAAGAAAAACGUAAUUUCUGUCCGAGUUUUAGCUUACUGUUGAAAAACUUGGCCUUUUUCAGAUUUUUCGGGACUUUUUCGGAACAUAUUGGUUUUUUUAGUUUUUUUUUUUUAGUUAUCGGUUCAGAUAUGAUUCUAGCUUUCAAAAAAUGUCUUAAAAGUUUUGGCGCUUUUUUUCAGAUAAAACCUUAUCUAUGGCUAGGGUCCGCAAGCCAUUUCUUCAGAACGAUUCAAAAAAUAUGUUUUUCACAUUGUUCGAUAGAGGAGACUGUCCAUUUUCAUAAUCCGUUUAGUUUUUGAAAAAAGCUCCACUAAGAAAAAAGUUAUGGCCAAAAAACGAGCGCGCGCGGCGCACAACUGGAGGCAAAAUCUCACGGUUUACCCGCUGCCGCACGCUUUCUUUUUAAUUGUUUUUGCGCGUUUCUGGACUGUUUUUGAAUCGGUUUUCAGUUCUGAGAGGUUGUCCGAACUGAGCCUCAUGUUUUGGUAUGAAUCUUUUGUACAAUCCUCAUAAGAAUUUUUGAUAAAAUAUCAAAAAACUACCUUUUUUCUAUUCAGAAAAAUUAUUAUCAUUCGAUUUGGAAAAAAGAAAAAAUGAAAAAUAAUGUUAUUUCGAAAUAAAACAUGAAAAAGUGCAAUUUGACUCCGAAAACGGCUCCUGCGACAUUUAAAAGGGCGCAUCGGUGUGUUUGACGCAAACACUGCUACGGACGCUUGCACGAAAUCUUCCGAAAUUUCAAAAAAUUGCCAUUUUUUUCGAGGUUUUUCAAAGCCGUUAUUUUUUUCGCGUCGAUCGAUUUUUCAUAAUUUUUUUCAUUGAUAGAGUUUUGAACGCUUAAUAACCUGAUCAAAAGUAUAGACGCGAUCCUAUUCUCUCAUGCGACAACGAGGCAGGCGAAAAAAGGAGGUUUUGGUAAAAUUCAAAUAUAAUUUGAUUCGCUGUCCCAAUAAUUGUUUUCAUUUUGAAUUUUUAUUUUUGGACACACUGUUAGUUUUUAAAUCAAAUAAAAAGUAUACCAUGUCGCUGAAAUUUUUUCGCAUUUCAGCUUCAAAGUUUGGUGUCACUUUACAAGCUUUAAUAUUUUUUUCGCGUCGGUAGAUUUUUUUCAUUUUCACUCAAAAAAUAAAGAAAGUGUUAAUGUAUAACAUACUUAAAAUUUAGAAGCGUUCCUCACUUGGUUUUCUGAAACGCGACGAUUUUGUGAAACUUGUCAGUUUUUUUCGUGUUAAAUCUUACUUUUUCGCUUAUUUUUGAAAAAUACAUAGUUUUAAAAAUAUUCAGUCUUGUAGAGCGUUGUCGAUUACAUGGAUUAACAGAAACAGUUCAUUUUUAAAGCGGGACUUUAGCUAGUAUAAACGCCUCAAAACCGUUUUUGCAACAAAAAAAUCGUCAUUUUGGUGGCGUGAAGGGGCGGGGCUUUGCGCCCCCUAUCUAUGGCGCGCACUUUUUCAAUGCAUUUUUUCCGGCUAUUUUUUCACAAUCACCUGAAAAGUGUUUCCUUCAGUCUCGAGACUGUCAACCACCGAAAACACGUUGAAUCAACCCAUUCGAAAGCCAAAACGGCCCGACUUUUUGCUUUCCUCAACCGCAAUUCCUAUCGCGUUCCGAUCCAGUUCUGCCUUUGCUUGGAGGCUAAUUCCCGUUUGAUUUUUCUUGUCGCGGCAAAUUCUGCGGAUCGUCGCCGCAAAUCUUUGCGCUUUUCCGACUGCUGUAAUGGAGAAGAAAGCGAUUCGCAACGGUUCUUUUUUGGGAAACCGUUCGUCAUCAAUCUUUCAGCUUUUCCUCCUUCAUUACAAUGA